AUGGCUCUCUUCACCAUUCCUAUUCUCCUAGUCCUCCUUGCAGCCUUUUGGAUCACUUUAUCACAGCUCAAACACAUCACAACCCACCGGAAACUGCCACCGGGUCCCUGGGGGUUACCAAUUAUUGGUAGCCUCCACUUGUUGGGCAAUCUUCCUCACCGCAGCCUUAGCCGCUUAGCCAAGAAGUAUGGGUCCAUCAUGUUUAUGCGACUGGGGUCUGUUCCAACUAUCGUAGUCUCAUCGCCCCAGGCUGCCAAGUUAUUUCUCAAAACCCAUGAUGUUGUAUUUGCCAGCCGGGCUAAACUGCAAGGAGUCGAGUACUUGACCUAUGGGACAAAGGGCAUUGCCUUUAGCGAGUAUGGUCUCUACUUGCGUAAUGUUAGAAAAUUGUGUGCAUUAAAGCUUUUUAGUACUGCUAAAAUCAAUUCCUUUGCCUCAAUGAGGAGGGAGGCGAUAGGGUUGUUUGUGCAGUCACUAAAAGAAAUGGCGGCAGCAGGAAACGUGGUGGAUAUUAGUACAAGGGUUGCCGAGGUCAUCGAAGAUAUGGCGUACAGGAUGGUUUUUGGACACGACAAGGAUGAGAUGAUUGACCUGAAAACCCUAAUUGGAGAGGCCACCAGCUUGGCUGGAACUUUCAAUAUUGCAGAUUACUUGCCCUUCUUAGGGUCAUUUGACCUUCAGGGAUUGACUCGACGCUUCCAGGCAGCCAGUGAAGCUAUAGAUGAAGUCUUGGAGAAAAUAAUUGACAAGCAUACAAAAGAUGCUAGGGAUGGAGUGAAUCAUAUGAAUUUCAUGGACAUCAUGCUAUCACUGAUGAGUAAGUCCAAUGAUUUUAAAGAUGAGCCUUUGUACGCCAUUGAUCGAACAAAUGUCAAAGCAAUCGUAUUGGACAUCCUUGUUGGUGGAAUUGACUCUUCGCUUAUUUCCGUCAACUGGGCUCUCGCAGAACUACUACGACAUCCAAGGGUGAUGAAAAAGGUUCAAGAAGAGUUGAAGAAUGUUGUUGGCAUGGGUCGAACAGUAGAAGAGAGUGAUUUGAAAAGUUUAAUUUACAUGAAUAUGGUGUUGAAGGAAGCCUUGAGACUACACCCAGUCGGACCUUUCUUGAUCCCACGUGAGUCUGUAGAGCAUAGCACAAUCAAUGAGCAUUACAUACCUAAGAAAGCAAGAAUUCUCAUAAAUACAUGGGCCAUUGGAAGAGACCCUGACGCUUGGUCCAAUAAUGCAGAGGAAUUCUUUCCUGAGAGGUUCAUUGAUAACAAUAUAGAUCUUUAUGGACAUGAUUUUGAGCUUAUUCCAUUUGGAUCAGGCCGGCGAAGGUGUCCUGGAAUUCAACUAGGUCUAAUAACUGUUCAACUUAUACUAGCUCAGUUGGUGCAUUGUUUUGAUUGGGAGUUACCAAAUGACAUGUCACCUAGUGACUUGAACAUGAGAGAGAAAUUUGGUUUAACAAUGCCCAGAGCUAAUCACUUGAUUGCCAAGCCAACUUAUCGUUUGCAUAUCUAA